AACGGGGAAGUCCCUUAACGUAUUGCGUGUUUUACUGAUAAUUCAGUUAAUUGUUAUUAAAGAUCAUCGAUAAUAAUGGGUGCAUCAUUUUCAAGUCGAGCAGACGAUUAUUCCGAUGACGAUUCAUGUUCCGAAGAUGACGGUAACGAAGUCUCAUGCAAUCAACCCAUCAGUGAUGAAGAUGAAGACAUUUGUUUGGAUUCUACUGACACCACAGAUUCGGUUUUAUCCCACCCAGCAAUGCCAAUAACACUAAAUUUGGACCAAGUAAUGUCAAUUGAAAACGAUUUGGACGACUACGAAAAAGUCGCCCUUGUCUUUUUGCUUUACGAAGACCCAAAAUCAGCGUUUGAUCAACUAACAAGCUUGCUCCAAGGCUCCCACGACAAGCUUUUGUUUAAUUGGGCGAUUCACGAAAACGCAACCGCUCAAAAAUGGCAAGAAAAGCUAGUCGAGGCACUUUGCAUCAUCCAAAACUACCAAAUUAUCUCAAGUUUGGGCUUCAAACGGGAAGACCUAACCGCCCGGUUUUUACCACAUCAUAUUUUCACUCACGCUUAUGUUAACAAAGUCCGAAAAGCGCUGUAUUUCGUCUGCGAGGCUUUGCAGCAGAAAGACGUUGCUAGUUUACUCAAUUUAGUGUGUAAAGACUUCAGGGACAAAGGAUUUGAUUUCAAAUGCAUCAAUACGCAAUUCCUGGAACUGUAUUUACUACAUUGGGAAAUUGUGGAGUACGUAAAACUGGACGAUUUGAGCAAUUUAUGUCGAGCUCUCAAGCAAAUUGAUCAGUUGGAUAUUUGUGAUAAACUGAAGGAAAUUGUCCCAAGUGAGAAAAGAGUAGAUUGCAGUGAGAGCGAAGAAAAAAGACAAUCAGUUAAUGUCUUUGAGGAGAUUUUAAAUCCACGCUCCAGUUUGCAAAGUCUUGCGUCAUUGGAAACGUCUCAUAUCAGUGCUGACAACGCUGCUUUUGUCAGUGAUGCCAACAAAUAUUUUAUUGACCCCCAAAAACCAGGCAUUUGCUUAAUCAUCAAUCAAGAGAAUUUCUACAGAGAAGUUGACCAACGAUAUCGAGAUUUGCUUCCACGUCAAGACAAUAAACUGGAACCUAGAAUUGGUACACAAUACGAUAGAGACAAGCUUGAAACCACUUUCAAACAAUUCGGUUUCAAAACUCUUGUCGUAAAUGAUCUCACCCACUUGCAAAUGCUCGAAAAAAUCGAACAAGUGGUAAAAUCUGUCAACACCGAAUCGAGUCUUUUCAUUUGUAUCAUGUCUCACGGUGAUGUGGGAGUCGUUUACGGCGUUAAUAGUUGUCAAGUCGACGUGAAAACAAUCAAACGUGUGAUGUGUACCAAAAAUCGUCCAUGUUUAUCGGGGAAACCCAAAGUUUUAAUCCUCCAGUCUUGCCAAGGCACUAGAUGUCAAAAAAUCAAAUCAGAUGAUGAUUAUGAGACAGAUGGCCCCACGUCGUCACCUGUAAAAGAGUCGGUGCCCCCAAUCGCAGAUUUGUUCACUUUCUGGGCCACAGUUCCGGGAUACGGUGCAAUAAGGAACAAGAAAACAGGCUCGUGGUUUAUCCAAUCCCUGUGUGAUAAAAUGAAACAAUUGGGGGACAAAUACCACUUUGAUGAUAUCUGUACGAGUGUCAUUGGGGACGUGAGUAGCAAAAAGUGGUGCCAAGUCAAGGACGAGGUCGCCAUGGUACCAGAAAAGGAAUCCACGUUGAGGAAAUUGUUCUAUUUACCGCCCAUUAGAUUGUAAGUAAAAAUAGUGACAUGGGAGUUAAGUUGGCAACAUUGAAACAGCGUUGCCACUGAUUUGCAGAAUCACAGGUCACUAAUUAUUUUUUAAUAAUCUUGUGAGUUAAAAAAUAGUAACCUGACAAAUAAGUUGGCAAUAUUGAAACAAUAUUUUUAUUUCUGUAUUUGUCGCCCAGUGUAAAUUAAAAAAAUUGUGACCUGGAAAUUAAGUUGGCAGCAUUGAAACAGCGUUGCUAAUUUAAUUACAAAGUCACAGGACACUGUUUUACUAUUAAUUAAGUUUUUAUAGUAACCUGACAAAUAAGUUGGCAAUAUUGAAACAAUAUUUUUAUUUCUGUAUUUGCCGCCCAGUGUAAAUUAAAAAAAUAGUGACCUGGAAAUUAAGUUGGCAGCAUUGAAACAGCGUUGCUAAUUUAAUUACAAAGUCACAGGCCACUGUUUUACUAUUAAGUUUUUAUAAAAAAUUGUUUUUUUUUAAUUUCUACAACAAAAAUAAAAAACUCGAAAACA